GCAGAAGCGAACAGGUGAUGCCUACGUAAUCAACAUCCACCAUUAUUGAGCUUGUUCGAACGUGAAAAGAAAAUGUCCUCCAAAACGUCGUCGAGGGAAACUCCAAGGGAGAAUUGCCUUGAGUGGACGCUGUCGUCGAAGGGUAACAAAAGCCAGACUUUGGUGUGGCCAGACAAACUCUCCCUUCAUGACUGUAAUCGGAUCGAGCCACUUACGAUGUCAGGACGAAUCGUCAUCCCGCUCGCUCCAGACCUGCGCUGAUGGACAGAUUCCCCCCCGUGGAGUCGGAUCGGACCGGAUGGAAGUGCUAAAUGCCUCCCCGAUGUUUGACUGAGCAAAGAUCUCGGCUGAGUGACUCGUUGAGAUGGACGUAAUGAGACAGGUCCACGCAGGGCCGAGCCGUAAACAAGGAGAAAGAGAAAUCAGGCCUGUCUUCAUUUGACCUAAGAUGCAAGUUUGAUCAUCCCGUUUCCUCUGCCGUGAUGGGCUUGGCAACCUACGACAGCAACACAAUUUGAGGAUUUCUUUUUCACUCAGAACUCCUCGUUUGGCCUGACCGCCCCACCAGCCCAAGUCACCAUGAACUACCUUCGCCGGCGCCUGUCAGACAGCAGCUUCGUGGCCAACCUGCCCAACGGCUACAUGAUGGAUCUGCAGAGGCCCACCCCGCCUGGAUCCUCCACCUCCUCCCCGGCAUCUCCAGCCACGGAGCGCCGGCAGCCUCCGAGCAUCCCGAGCCCGGCCCCGGCCCCGGCUCAGGGCUCGACACCCGGCCCGGCCGCCGGUACGGGCAGCUUCCUCAGCUCCUUCUCCAGCGUGGUGAAGAGCGCCCAGUUGGCGCAGAAUGCGGCGGCCGCCGCACACGCCAAGACGGCGGCCGCCGCUGCCGCGACUACUGAGGUUGCCCCGACGGGAAGCAGUCAGCCUCCUAAGCCGGUCGUCCGCAAACCCAAGAUCCUGCUUGUUGUCGAUGAUCCACACACUGACUGGGCCAAAUACUUUCGAGGGAAGAAGCUGAAUGGCGAAUAUGAGAUCCGCGUGGAACAGGCGGAGUUCUCAGAGAUCAACCUGGCCUCCUACGUCACUUCAGGAUGUAUGGUGGACAUGCAGGUCAACAAGGCGGGCACCAAAAUGGUCAGGUCCUUCAAACCGGACUUUGUCCUGAUUCGCCAGCAUGCCUACAGCAUGGUCCCAGGGGAGGACUUCAGGAAUCUGGUCAUCGGCUUGCAUUUUGGCGGCGUGCCCAGUAUCAACUCCAUCUUCUCCAUCUACAAUUUUUGCAGCAAGCCUUGGGUGUUCUCUCAGAUGAUCAAGAUCUACCACACCCUCGGUCCUGAGAAAUUCCCCCUGAACGAACAAACUUUCUAUGCCAACCACAUGCAAAUGGUUACAAGCCCUUCUUAUCCGGUGGUGGUGAAGAUGGGCCACGCCCACUCUGGCAUGGGCAAGAUCAAAGUGGAGAACCAGCAGGACUUCCAGGACAUCACCAGCGUGGUGGCGCUGGCCGGCACCUACGCCACCACCGAGCCCUACGUCCAGUCCAAGUACGACAUCCGCAUCCAGAAGAUCGGCGGCAACUACAAGGCUUACAUGAGGACCUCCAUUUCAGGCAACUGGAAGGCAAACACGGGCUCGGCCAUGUUGGAGCAGAUCGCCAUGACCGACAGGUACAGACUGUGGGUGGAUUCGUGCGCAGAGAUGUUCGGCGGCCUCGACAUAUGCGCCGUGAAGGCCGUUCACGGGAAAGAUGGCAACGAUUACAUCAUCGAGGUGAUGGACAGCUCCAUGCCUUUGAUUGGUGAACACGUGGAGGAGGACAAGCAGCUGAUCACAGAGUUGGUCCUCCACAAGAUGGCCCAGGUGCUGCUGGGAGUUUCCACGCCGCCGCCAUCUUCAGUCAAGACCACGCAGCCCAGACGAGGGGGGCAGCGCUCGGGCUCGGCUUCCCCGUCGGGACAAGGCUCGCCGCAGCGGGCCCGCUCGGCCACCACCUCACCCAGCCAGUCCUUCCAGCCGGGACCCCUCCCCGACAAUUCCGGAGCUCAGAAACAGUCGCCUCAACUCAACAAAUCACAGUCGCUGACCAACACCUUGAGCGAGACUUUGCGAGGCAACGUCACCGACGACGAGGCCAAAGCGGAGACCAUCCGCAGCCUUCGGCAGUCCUUCGCCAGCCUCUUCUCUGACUGAGAGCGUCCUUCCGCCUUGCUCCUCCUUCCGCUUCCUGUCCGUCUGUCAAGGAGUCCCGCAAGCUUCCUCUUCCAGUCCUCUCCGUUUUCCCUUGCUUUGUGAAUAUCCACCCCUUCGCUACUAGAAAGGCUGACCCCCCCGACUUGACCUUUGUGUCUUCCCUUUGAGACAUCGGAUGCCCGCAAUCAAACCAAAUUCCAAUCCAUCAAUCGAUAUCAUUUAUAAUCCAUUUUCCCUCGCUCGGCCUUUCUCGCGGCGAAGCAUCUGGCUGGCUUCUUCUGCUUGAUCUUUCCUCUUUUGUCAAAAGCCGCCAUUCAUUUCAACUGCUCAGUUUGCGGCCUCCCGUGGCAAUACUUGACACCAGUCCGGUCAACUCAAGGGAAGCGUGCACGGCGUUCCCCCCCCUUCGCCCGCCAUUCUAAAUAAAGAUGCCAGAAGAUGGCGGCAAAGCACCACUUUAACAAUGCGUGGGGGGGGACGCUGUACAUAGGGCUCACCAGCGUCACUCGUGACUCCUUUACCUCGGCCUGACAUGACCAAAGCGAAAAUUAGUCCGCCGUCGGUCGCGCAGCCCGUUCACCUUUGAGCUGAGCGUUUCCGUGCAAAUGCAAAAGUCGUCUUCCGUCCUUCUUGCAAAUUGUUUUUCUUCAAGUAUUUCCAUCCCGGUCGGGUCGGUGGCAAACUGCUGCGGCAAUGUACUGUAAUGUUGACCCCCCCCUCUACGAAAAAACAAAAAAAAAAAUCCUCAAACGUAUCGGUGAAGUUGUUGUAUCUUUAUGUUGUUUUCAGCGCAUGCCGGUGUGGUAAACAAUUCGUAACGCUACCGCAAAAUAAGAAAAGCCUUGAUUUGCAAUAAUUCUGCUCACAUUAGUUGGCUCCUCUUUUUGAUCACCAAGAAGCCUAAAUGCGGGUUAGAGGGAAGGAAAAAAAAAAAAAAAGCAAACCUGAAAAUAAAAA